UGAGGAGGACCGAAAAUGGCGGCGGGGAAGCGCGCGUCCUCACAGAGCCCCCCCUCUCUGCGAGCAGCGGUGAUUCCUGAGGCGUUUUGGAGCCUUUGCCGCUCGCUUCCCUCAGGGCCCAGCCCCGCGAUUUGGGGCGAAAAAGGGCGAAAAAGAGGAAGAAUCCGGCUCCGACGCAAGAUGGCUGCGGCUAAAAAGGAGCUAAACCAGCCCAAAAGCACCUAAAAUGGCCCAAACCAGCUCGGGGGGAGGACAACACCGCGCCGGUGUCACCCGGUGGUCAUGGUGUCAGCCGCGGUGACACCAUAGGGGUGACACCAUCCCAUGGGCCGCCUGUUGCGCUGGAUCAGUGUUGCUGGAUAGGGGAUGCCCAUGGAGAUUGAUGGCACCUGGCUCGACCGACUGACACCCCCCCCGUUGUGGUGAUGGUGACAACAACCGGACCAUCUAUGGGGGCACUGUAAUGAGAUGGACACAAGGACAGGCAGACACAUGGACAGGCGACAGGAACACUGUGAGCCCCCCCAGGGGGGUGUAAGCUCCUCCGCCGCCAUGAUGGUUUCCAUGGCAACACCGCGACCGGAAGUACCGCCCGUCCCUAUGGCAACACCGCGACCGGAACUUCCGGUAGUCGCCAUGACGACGCCGAGGACGCCGGAAGUGUCUGCGGUCGCUACGGCAACGGGACCGGAAGUUCCGCCUCUCCGCGGGGGCUGCUGGGAAGCGGCGCCGGCAAUGGCGGAAGCGGCGGAUGCUGUUGGUGACCCCGUUCUCCCUCAGCCCCCCGGUGCCGGUGUUGGUGUCGCUCCCGGUGCGGUGUCGGUUCCGGUGUCAGUUCCGGUUCCGGUGUCGGUUCCGGUUCCCCGGUCCCGGCGGCUGCUGGAGUCGCUGCUGAACCGGAGCCUGCGGAUCCGGAUGUCGGACGGACGGACUCUGGUCGGAGCCUUCCUCUGCACUGACCGUGAUGCCAACGUCAUCCUCGGCUCGGCGCAGGAGUUCCUCAAGGCGGCCGACGCGUUCCCCGGCUCGGAGCCGCGGGUGCUGGGCCUGGCCAUGGUUCCAGGACACCACAUCGUGUCCAUCGAGGUGGAGCGCGAGGGCACCGGGACCCCCCCCCUGCCCCCCCCCGGACCCCCACAUUAAAGCUCUGGAUGAGAACCCCC